AUGACCCAAGAAUUUGAAAUGACAGAUAUUGGGCUGAUGUCAUAUUAUCUUGGUAUUGAGGUGAAACAACCAGAUGAAUGUAUUUUUAUCUCUCAAGAACGACAUGCUAGAGAAAUUCUAGAGCAAUUUAAGAUGAUCAAUUCUAGUCUUGUCACAACUCCAAUUGAAGUUGGGAUAAAACUACCCAAAUAUGAAGAAGGGGAUGUUGUUGAUCCUUUAUAUUUCAAAAGCUUAAUUGGAAGUUUGAGAUAUUUGACUUGCACACGACAAUAUAAUCUUUUUAGCGUUGGAUUGAUUAGUCGAUUUAUGGAAUCUCCUACAAUUACUCAUUUGAAAGUGGGAAAAAGUCUUCAUUACCUCAAAGGUACACUUGAUUAUAGAUUAUUUUAUUCUUCAUCUAAAGAAUUCAAGCUUCAAGGUUAUUAUGAUAGUGACUGGGCUGAAGAUGUUAAUGAUCGAAAAAGUACAAGUGAAUAUGUGUUCUUUGUUGGUAAUACUGCAUUUACUUGGAGUUUUAAGAAGCAACCUAUUGUGACAUUAUCUACUUGCGAGGCAUAA